CUGGAGCAGGCACUCGAGCAGACAGCAGCGAGCCGGGGUCCUGAGGGUGGAGGUGACAUUCAGUCCUGUGCGGAGUCGAGUCGGUAAAGAGGAGUGCGGUUAAGAGCAAAUACAGUUAUUACAGAGACAGAAUGGCACAGGCAGCGCAGAAACUCAUCCAGACCGUAGUUACCAAGACGCCGCAACUCAUCAGCGGUGCCGUGACCUACUCCCGACCUCGCCUGGCGACCUUCUGGCACUACGCCCGGGUCGAACUGGUCCCUCCAUCCCCGGCUGAGAUCCCCAAGGCCAUCGAGGGUGUGAAGGGGAUGGUCAAGGCCUUUCAGACAGGCCGGCUCUCCCAGAUCACAGUCAAGGAUGCCGUGAGGAAUGGUCUGGUCGCCACAGAGGUGCUGAUGUGGUUUUACAUUGGGGAGGUCAUCGGCAGAGGCAGCCUUAUCGGAUACAACGUAUGAAGAGGACCCUGUUCUGUGUAGACUUGUGAUGCUGCUGUGUUUGGAGCUGGGCUUUGUACAUGCUGUAAUGUACGUAGGUCGUGUUUGACUUGCAAUCCAAUAAAAUCAUUUAAAGACA